AUGCUCGGAGCGGCGGCUCUGCUCGCCUUCGCCGCUCCGCAACCGCUGGCGCACAACGAGGACAGCGGAGCCAAUCCUGGCGCUCAGCGCAGCGGCAACCCUGGCGCUCAGCGCAGCGGAGGCCGUUCGGUCACUCGCGGGAGGAGCCUCAGUGUGGCGGCAAGGUUCAAAGACCACCUCGACGCCACGGGCGACAAGAUUGACGGGAAGGCGGCAGAAAUCGAGUGGAAGCUCAUGCAGAAGCUAGAGGCUCUCGCCCACAAAUUUGACAAGAGCCCCUCGCCUCCGCCCCCCGUCCCUGGAUCCCCUCCUCUGCCUCCGCAGCCACCGCCGCCGCCGCCUCCGCCGCCGCCGCCGCCGCCGCCUCCGCCGGACCCGCCUCCUCCGCCGGACCCGCCGCCGCCGCCUCCCAAUCCGCCAGAUCCGCCACCACCGCCUCCGCCCCCGCCCCCGCCUCCAGACCCACCCCCGCCACCGCCGCCGCCGCCGCCGCCUCCCAAUCCGCCGCCGCCGCCGCCGCCGCCGCCGCCGCCGCCGCCCCCUCCGCCCGCGACGCCGGGCGCCCGAUUCUUCUUCUUCCUCCGCGCGGAGCCCCCGGGCGCAGCCGCAGCGGCGGCAUCCUCGCCCGGCCACGGAGCGAGCGUUGCCUCUGCAGUGGGCGCGGCCCUCGGCCUCGCCGCCGUGCUCGGCCUCGUGGUCAGGGCGGGCGCCGGCGCGCGCGCGGCUCGCGCGGCGCUGGUCUGA